AUGAGGUCAAGUUACCCUACAGAGCUCCCAGAGGACUUCUGGAUCCCCAUUCCCCUGGACACUAACAACAUGACGGCGUUCAGCCCCUUCCUGGUUCCCCAGGAUCACCUGGGGAGCACAGGCAUCUUCUACUGCAUGUCAGCCUUCAUGUUCUUCCUGUUUGUGGCCGGCACCGGCAUCAACGUCCUCACCAUCGCGUGCACCAUCCAGUACAAGAAGCUGCGCUCGCACCUCAACUACAUCCUGGUGAACCUGGCCGUGGCUAACCUCCUUGUGGCCGCCAUCGGCUCCUUCACUUGCUUUGUGUGCUUUGCUUUCAAAUACAUGGUGCUGGGCCCGCUGGCCUGCAAGAUCGAAGGGUUCACGGCUACUCUGGGGGGCAUGGUUAGCCUGUGGUCCCUGGCCGUGGUGGCGGUGGAGAGAUGGCUGGUCAUCUGCAAGCCGCUGGGUCAGUUCUCCUUCAGGAGCCACCACGCCAUCAUGGGCUGUGCCGUCACCUGGGUGUUCGCUCUGGCCGCUGCCCUCCCCCCACUGUUGGGCUGGAGCAGGUACAUCCCGGAGGGCAUGCAGUGCUCCUGUGGGCCAGACUGGUACACUACGGACAACAAAUACAACAACGAGUCCUACGUGAUGUUCCUCUUCUGCUUCUGCUUCGCCGUCCCCUUCGGCACCAUGGUCUUCUGCUACAGCAAUCUCCUCUACACCAUGAAGAUGGCAGCACAGGCCCAGGCGGAUUCGGUCUCCACCCAGAAGGCAGAGAGGGAGGUUACCAGGAUGGUGGUGAUCAUGGUGCUCGGGUUCCUGGUGUGCUGGAUGCCCUACGCAAGCUUUGCCAUGUGGGUCGUGAACCACCGUGGUUCUUCCUUUGACCUGAGGUUGGCCACCCUACCCUCCUGCCUCUCCAAGGCCUCCACCGUGUACAACCCCGUCAUCUACAUCCUACUAAACAAACAGUUCCGCUCAUGUAUGAUGGGGAUGAUUGGGAUGAGCGACAGUGAUGAAGAUGAGUCAUCGUCCAGCCAAUCAGUGACUGAAAUCUCUAAAGUGGGACCAGCGUAG